CAUUCUCCGUCCGAAACUGCUGGACGGCGUGCGCUGUUCUGCAAUUCUCUCGUUUCUCUAUUUUAUUUCCUCACAUCCAUUCCAUAUUCAUUUGUCGCGUCAUCUAGAAAGCUAAAUCCAUAUUUUUCUGCCUGGAAUAAAGAGCAAGCGAGUUUAGAUGGUUUAUCAGUAUAUCGAACGAACGGCUAUCCCAGCGUGGGGGCCUCAGCAAUCUGAGACGCUCAUUGCAGCUGGAACGGUUGCAGGCGCCAUGGAUGCCACAUUCUCCAACACGUCGGAGCUUGAGAUCUUCAAGCUGAGCUCGGACGAAGAGGGGGCACUAGGCGCGGUGGGCAAAGUUGAUGCUACGGCACGGUUCCAGCGGCUGGCGUGGUCAGGCAAGGUCGGUUCCCACGAUCUGGGGGUGAUUGCGGGAGGUCUGGAGAACGGUGACGUCGCUCUGUGGGAUCCUGCCAAGGUGAUUGCUGGGGAGGCUGACGGGGCGCUUCUGCACUCGAGCUCGGCGCAUACGGGCGCAGUGGGCGGGCUCGAAUUCAACCCGUUCCAGUCGAACCUGAUGGCGUCGGGAGCCAGCAAUGGCGAGGUGUUUAUCUGGGAUAUCGUCAACGAGUACAAAUCGUAUUCGCCUGGAGCGCGCUCACAGCGCAUUGAGAAUGUGACGGAUCUGUCGUGGAACAACCAGGUGCAGCAUAUUCUGGCCACUGCCAGCAACACUGGGUCGUCGGUUGUCUGGGAUCUGCGCUCGCGGCGCGAGGUUCUGUCGCUCAACAGCCCUGGAGUGAUCGGGCACAACAGCAUGAUGGGCGGCGGACGCGCUGGAGUGUCAGCGAUUGUGUGGAACCCAGCCAGUGCUACGCAGGUGGUGACAGCGUCCAGCGACGACAACAACCCGGUGAUCAUGCUCUGGGACCUGCGCAAUGCCAACGCACCGUCGCAGACGUUCUCGGGCCACCAGCGCGGGAUUCUGUCGCUGUCGUGGUGCCGCAAGGACUCUGGGCUUCUGCUGUCGAGCGGCAAGGACAACCGCACGGUGUGCUGGAACCCGGCCAACGGCGAGAUCAUCGGUGAGCUGCCACCGUCGAGCAACUGGGUGUACGACGUGCAGUGGAACCAGGCAAACCCGAACCUGCUCAGCGGGGCGUCGUUCGACGGGCGCAUCAACUUGUAUUCGCUGGCGCGUGAGAACGACUCGAUCGAGAGUGCGGUGGCGCCGGUUUCAGACGAUCCGUUUGCACCGCAGUCCAGCACGGCGUUUGCACCUGCACUGUCGCUGAAGCGGCCACCCAAGUGGCUGGCGCGGCCCUGCGGAGCGACGUUUGGGUUCGGCGGCAAGCUGAUCUCGUUUGGCAAGACGGCGGUGGCACCAGUGGCUCAGGUGCCGGGCCAGCCCGCGCAGCCUGCACUGCCCGCACCGGCACUGGUCAGUAUUCGCGAGUUUGCGUCGGAGCCUGAGCUUGCCAAACAGGCAGUCCAGCUUGAGGAGCUGCUGCAGAACGACCAGGCAGCUGAGGUCUGCCGCGAGCGUCUGGAGCAGAGCAAGGGCACUGACCAGGAGCGGUCAUGGGAGGUGUUGCAGAUUCUAUUCGACACGAAUGCUCGUGAUAAGCUGAUUAACUUCCUGGGCUUCGACAAGACUGGCGUCAAGGCGCGCAUUGAGGAGCUCAUUAAGGCCAAGGCUAAGGAGGAGGAGGAGGAGGCUUCCAGGGAGCCGUCUGAGGAACCGUCUGAGGAACCGUCUGAGGAGCCUGCUGAGGAAGAGGAAGAGGAAAAGGAGGAAGAAGAGAAAGAAGAGGCGAAGGAAGACGACAACCCGUUCGCACAGUCCACCUCGGGCAAUGCCGAGGCUGACGACUUCUUCAGCAAGCCCAUCGAGACGGCAAACAGCGAGCCAACCGCUGCGGUCUCAGGAAGUGAGUCCCAGCCGCUGCAGGCGGCGUUUGCAGGAGCAUUCCGCAUCUACGACAAGUCCAAGGACAUCGCAACGGAGGAUGCUGACGGGCUGAUCACGCGCGCGAUUCUGCUGGGCGACAUCGAGGCAGCGGUGGAGCUGUGCAUUGAGCAGGAGCGGUUUGCGGAUGCGCUGAUUCUGGCUACGUGUGGCAGCGCAGAGCUUGCGCAGCGUGUGCAGCAGGCGUACUUCAGCAAGCGCGCGCAGCAGGCAUCGUACGUGCGGCUUCUGCAUGGUAUUGUUAGCGGCGACCUGACGGACAUUGUCCGCAAUGCAGAUCUGGGCGAGUGGGACGAGAUCCUGGCGCUUCUGUGCACGUAUGCGCAGGGUGACCAGUUCAGCAGCCUGUGCGAGGAGCUGGGCAACCGACUCGACGAGGCCCAGCGGCUCAGCGAUGCGGUUCUGUGCUAUCUAGCGUCUGGCAACCUGGAGAAGGUUGCGGGGAUCUGGAUUGCACGUGAACAGGGUGCCGAGGGCCCAGCGCGCAUCCAGGCGCUGCAUGCGCUGGUGGAGAAGGUGUCGGUGUUCCGCAAUGCUGUGCAGUACAUUGACCCGGCGCUCGGCGACGAGCAGGCGGCGUUCCCGCUGGCGCCACUGUACGACGCUUACAUCGAGUAUGCCAACUUCCUGGUGUCGCAGGGUCUGCGGGACAUUGCCAGCCGGUACCUGGAGCGCACUCCUGCAUCCUACCGCUGCUUCACCCCGGCCGGUGAGGACGGCUUGGCUGCGCUGCGUAACCGCUUGUCGGCCACUGCUGAUGCCCCGUGGACCGCUGCUCCGCAACAGCAACAGCGCCAGGUGUCGCAGGCCUACCCCUCGACGCAGAGCUCGGCCUACCCGCCAACCAGCGCUGCAGGUGGCUACGGUUCUCAGCCAGGCUAUGCGCCGGCUACUAUGCCCACUGCCCAGCACUACUCGGCUCCUUACACCCCCGGCUACGGUGCACCGGCGCCGGGCUACCCAGUUGCGUCGUCUGCUUAUCCAGCAGCAUCGGCGGGUUAUCCGUCGAUGACCCAAGCCUACGCACCGACAGCGCCGACGAUGCCAUCGGUUUUCCCGCCACCACCGCAACCGGUGAAUCCGUCGUCGAUUCCCAGCGGCAGCACUCCGCCGCCGCGCCGUGAGGAAGGCGCCUGGAACGAUCCGCCGAUGGUGAGCAAGUCGAACAAGCGCACACCGCAGGGCAUCCCCAAGCCGGCCGCCAUCGUCAGCCCAUUCCCGCAGGGCCGGGCCACGCCGCCGCCUGCGUCGAUUGCACCGUUCAACGCUGCGCGGUCGCCUGUCCCGCAGGCAUCGGGCGUUGCCCAGGCUCCACCUCCUCCACGCGGCGGAUUUGUUCCGACGAGCAAGCCGGCGCCGCCACCACCCGCUGCCAGUGUGCCGUUCCCGGCGGCCCAACAUGUACCGCCGCAGCCGCAGGCACAGCCGUUCCAACCGCCGAUGCAGCAGGCGAUGCAGCAGCCAGGCUUUAUUCCACCGGCCAUCGGUGCAGCGCCCGGCGGCCCGGGUGCUGUGGCGCAAGCAUCGCGCGGCCAGGUGGUGUCGCCUGGAGCCACACAGCCCGCACGUGUAGCGACGCCAGCCAAGCCAGCGACGCCCAAGCCAACGGCCAAGUACCCGGCCGGUGACCGGUCACACCUGCCGGCCGAGUGGAAGCCUGUGGUGGCGGCUCUGGGCCCCCACAUUGCGCGUGCCAAACAGUUUGCAGCGCCAGCCCAGAAGCGCAUGGUGGAUGAUGCGGAGCGGCGGCUGAACCAGCUGUUUGAUCUGAUGAACUGCGACGAGGUCAACAAGAAGGAGCAGCUGGCGCCCGUGUUCCAGACCCUGGUGCGCGAACUCGAUGCCCGCCGCUUCCCGGCCGCCCUGCACCACCAGGCCGAGCUGAUGACUAUCAACUCCGAGCUCACCACCAACCUGGUUGGCAUCAAGCACCUCAUCAAUGUCCUCAAGACUCUGCCCAUGUAG